AUCACAUACAGACUUGUUCUCUUUCACCUCUUCGUCUUCUUCUCUCUUUAUUCGCUUUCGUUCUUCCUCUACCUUCCUUGAGUUUUUCCCCUGUGAUCUGAUUAUAUAUAAUGGGUGGAAGUUCGAUUGAUGAUGAUUGGGAGCUUCCAUUUUCUUCCAAUAAUCCUGCUGCUCGCACUGUGGUCUUAGUUGGACGCACUGGGAAUGGAAAAAGUGCAACAGGGAACACCAUUCUGGGCAAAAAAGCCUUCACUUCCAAGCGCAGCUCUAAUGGUGUCACGACCACUUGUGAGCUGAAGACUGCUAUCUUGAGAGAUGGACAGCAAGUUAAUGUUAUAGACACCCCUGGUCUUUUUGAUUAUUCUGCAAACUCAGAGUUUAUUGGCAAAGAAAUUGUCAACUGCAUUAAUUUGGCCAAGGAUGGGAUCCAUGCUGUUGUUCUGGUGUUCUCAACUAGAACUCGCUUCUCAGAAGAAGAGGAGUCUGCAAUCCGUAGCUUGCAAACUCUAUUUGGAAGUAAAAUCUUUAACUACAUGAUUGUUGUCUUUACUGGAGGAGAUGAAUUUGAAGAAAAUGAUGAGACAUUGCAAGAUUAUUUGGGCCGUGAUUGCCCGGAGCCUCUAAAGGAAACCCUUGCUCUUUGUGGAAAUCGUUGUCUGCUUUUUGAUAACAAGACCAAGGAUGAAAGCAAGAGGGUUGAACAAGUGCAGCAGCUUCUCUCGCUUGUAAACUCAGUUAUAGCAAAGAAUGGAGGGAAGCCAUACACGGAUGAACUAUUUGCUGAAGUGAAGAAAGGGGCUAAUAAACUUCGCAAUCAACAAGAAGAGGUUGCUUCCCUCAAGGGGGUAUAUUCAAAACAAGAAAUAUCUAGCUUGUAUGAGAAGAUGAAACUUGCGCAUGAUAUGCAGCUUAAACGAAUCACUGAGAUGGUUGAGUUGAAGAUGAGAGAGACCACCAUGAAGCUUGAACAAAAGUUAGCAGAUGAACAGGCUGCACGGCUUAGAGCAGAGGAGACUGCCCAGGAGGCUCAACAAAGGUCUGCAGAUGAAAUACGAAAGCUUAGAGAAAAUCUAGAAAAAGCCGAGGAGGAGCUUCGCAGAAAAGGCGAAACCAAGUGUGCUAUUCUUUGAUGUAAUGAUUGGUAGGCUCUUUGGCAAGGAGAAUGAUAUUUGUUUAAGGAGUUUGUGGUUGCAACUUUUUGCGACAUUUGGUUAAGGAAGGGCAUGCUAUCCGUGUGUAAUUGUUGAAGAUGCUAGCUUACAGUUGAAAUUUUAAAAUCUAAACAUAUUUCCCCUUUUUAUGAGA